GGAAGCCACACCCUGAGGCCUGAGCUUUAUAUGAGUGGGGUAAUCAGGUUAUAGAGCUAUCAGUGAGCGACUCGGAGCAUUGACAAGAGAUUUCUCUCAGAGACGCCGGACACAGACAUGGAGGAGUGCGGGAUCUGUUGCUAUGAGUACGGCCAGGGGAGAGAGGCCCAAGCGCUGAAGGGCUGUGUGCAUGUGAUCUGUGCGAGUUGUCUGCUGCAAAUGGUGGACAAGUCUGGGACCGUCAUGUGUCCUUACUGCCGAGCCAUUUCUGCGUUGCCUAGCGAUCAGUUGGACAGACUCUGCGGUGGGUCAGAGAAGGGGCGGAGCCACACGUGCUGGCUGAAGAGAUUCUUCCACCCGGCAAAGCGUCACCAAGCGAGUCGGGGUCAAGGACACUUGUUGAAUCGGACCACAAUAAGGUCAUUAUUUACAUGAAUUAUGCUGAGUUGUCAGGAAAGGAGAAGAAGAAGAAAGUUGCGGCUGCUGGAAUGGUAGUCUCCCAACUGUGCCGCCAUCUUGGACUUUGGAAGAGCUGCUUUCUGCUCACACAAGGAGGCCUGUACCAAGGACUUUACUAUUUGCCGGCAUUUCAGGAAUAUUCCAGAAACCUCUGCUGCUCCUGGCAACGCAUUGUGAGAUUUUCGAAUUCACAUUCCGUCCAGGUGGAGAUUUAUUUCUGUGAGAAUGUUUUUUACAGAAUGGUGCAAUUAUGGUACAACAGCAGUUGUGACUCACCCAGUCCCGUCUGUUUAUGUGUGUUAUAUACACUUGUUAUGUUUGCUUCCUAAAUAGCUGUAAUUAAUAUUAUUUUUUUAUUUAAUAUUUUGUAAUUACAUAAUUGGGUAAUGGUCACGUGUAUUGUCUAUUUAUUUUAUUUGCGUUUGUUUUGGU